AUGCCUUCAGACACCGAGCACCCAAGAGAGUCGUUGGGAGACGAGGUGAAAGAUGUGAUAUAUGGAGCCGACAGCCAUAGCGAGGAGGGUCAUGGCAAGGAUGAGCCGUUGAGCGAGAAGAUUGAGGAUGUGGUCGAGGGAGGUGAGGAGAAGAAGCACUAG